UCUACUCAUACAAAAGGUCAAAUAUGCGUAAUUUUCCCCUACAGUUCCUCGCGGAUAGCCAUAUAAAGGGUGCAAAUUGCCAUAGUGCACCAAACUCAAGCAAAGUACGAUGGACACGUGCAUAUUUGUUGACUCUCCUUUUUUGCGAUUUACUCGAGGUCUCUUUGUGUGAAAGUGUGGCAGGAACCAAAGUUGAACACGAAGGAUUUUGUCCAAACAAGCUGAACGCUAAUCUUUGGGUUGAUGCACAAAGCACAUGUGAGAGGGAAUGCGACAUCGAUGAGGACUGUGCUGACUUUGAGAAAUGCUGCACCAAUGUGUGCGGCUUCAACAGUUGUGUUGCUGCUCGUUUCUCUGAUGGCACCCCUGCUCUGCCACAUGAACAGGGUGAAGGGAACGGUGAUGCUACCUCCGCCUCCACAGCUACCUGUGAGGGCUUUAUCUGCAGCCAGCAGGGAGCAACCUGUGACAUCUGGGAUGGACAGCCCAUCUGUAAGUGCCAGGAUCGGUGUGAGAAGGAACCCAACUUCACCUGUGCAUCGGAUGGCCUCACCUAUUUCAACCGCUGCUAUAUGGAUGCAGAAGCUUGCAUCCGGGGGGUGACUCUAACUGUGGUCCCCUGUCGAUUCUACCUCGCUGGCCCCCCCACCAGCCCCCUGCCUCAAGACACUACAGUUCACCCAACCCCAACAUCCUCCCAGGAGGAUCCCAUGCCUCCCACGCUGUACUCCAACCCUCACCACCAGUCCAUCUAUGUUGGAGGCACAGUCAACUUCCACUGCGAUGUCAUUGGAGUCCCUAGACCAGAUGUAACAUGGGAAAAGCAAAGUGACCGGCGUGAACGCCUUGUCAUGAGGCCUGAUCAGAUGUAUGGCAAUGUGGUUAUAACCAAUAUUGGACAGCUAGUAAUUUAUAACGCCCAGGUUUGGGAUACCGGCAUCUACACCUGUAUAGCACGGAAUUCUGCAGGAGUUCUUCGCGCAGACUAUCCUCUGUCUGUUAUUCGCCGGUCAGAUGAUGACUUCUCUGAAGAUCCUGAGAUGCCCAUGGGACGGCCUUUCUCUCCAGCAGAUUGCCUGGCGGAAGUCGACCUGAGUGUGUGCAGUGGAGAGCGUCAUGUUGACUGGUAUUAUGACAGCAAGCUGGGCUCCUGUGUGACGUUUAGCAGUGGUGGAUGCGAAGACAGCCGAAACCGAUUUGAGACUUAUGAGGAGUGCAAAGCCUCUUGCCAGAGAGAAGACAUGGGGAUCUGCUCUCUGCCUGCUGUUCAAGGUCCCUGUAAAGCUUGGGAGGCACGCUGGUCCUGGAAUUCCAUAACAAAACAGUGCCAAGCCUUUGUCUAUGGUGGCUGCCAUGGGAAUGCUAACAACUUCCACACCAAAAAGGAGUGUGAGGCCAACUGCCCGCAACCAAAAAGGAAGCCUUGCAAGACCUGUCGUGUGAAGGGGAAAAUGGUGCCCAGCUUAUGCCGCAGUGACUUUGCUAUUGUGGGCCGACUGACAGAGCUUGUUGAGGAUCUGGACUCUGGGUUAGCCCGUUUUAGCUUGGAAGAAGUCUUGAGGGACGAGAAGAUGGGCUUGACUUUCUUCAAUACCAAACAUUUGGAGGUGACUAUUGCUAAGAUAGACUGGAGCUGUCCCUGUCCCAACAUCACUGUUGAGGAAAACCCUUUGCUGGUGAUGGGUAUGGUGCAGGACGGCAUGGCUAUCAUCCACUCAGACAGCUAUGUAAGAGCCAUAAAUGAACGCAGGCUGAAAAAGCUGCAUGAUGCUCUGGGUAAAAAGGCCUGUGACACCUUACUAUGACUUAGACUCGUUCUGUCCACAGAU